AUGGCGUUUUCAUCCUUCAAGUCGACCGUCGUCCUCGCGGACUGUUGCAAGCCUUCAUCCAGCUGGCUGGGCAAAGCGCCGGUCUACAAUCCGGUUGCUACCUGCCUCGCCGAUGGUAAGACCAUCGCUACUGGCCCCAAGCGCGAAGAUGCCAACUCUUCUGGCUGCGGCGGAGGCUGGGAGUUCCAAUGCAGCUGUCAGCAGCCAUGGACCGAUCCGAUCAACCCCACCGUCGGCUACGCUUUCGCUGCCAUGACCAGCUCCAUCGAGAAGGAGACCUCGUGCGCAUGCUACGUCGCCGAAUUCGAAGGUGCCAAGCCAGGCAAGAUCAACACGCUCUUCUACCAAGUCAUCAACGACGGUGGUGACGUCGGCUUCGGCGUCGAUGGUCUCGACAUUCUGGUGCCUGGUAUGGGUGUCGGUCUCAUGACUCAAGGUUGCGCUAACCAGUGGAAGGGCUUCGAUAUUGGUAAAUGGGGAAAGCAGUACGGUGGCCUCGACCGUGACGCUGCCGGUUGCGCCAACUUGCCUCAAGACCUCCAGCAUGGAUGCAUGUGGCGCAUGAAGGACUGGGGCGAUUCGGUUCGCAUCAAGGGCAGACCUCGACGUGUCCGGUGCUCUAAGGCCCACAUCGAUAAAUCCGGUUGCCAGCGAAAGGACGAGCCCACGGAGGUCUUCCAGGGUCACCACGACAAUGUCCGACAUUGCCCUGCUCCUGACGGAUACACUCCUGACCCUUCUGUCUGCGGUAUUGGUGUUGGUCGCCCUCAGGGGUACAAGAGAUCCAUUAGUCAUGCUGUCGCUGCCAAGGGCGGCCAUCACGCUCAUACAGGUGGCAAGCAUCAUCCCCGUCGUGACGCUUCUUGCUCGGCAUAG